AUGGCCCCCACAGUCAAUCCCGGAGUCCCCAAGUUCAACACCCAGGUUCCUGAGACGGAGCAAUGUUUUAGGACAAUCAUGAUGUCACCAGACGACCGAGCCCUGGAGGACCUGUUGUAUUGCGGUGACCUUGGUGACGAGGCGGAGCUCGGUGGAGGCCCGGCAGGGACGGUGGAGAGUGCUGCUGCAGACAAUACUGCGACAGCUGUAUCCAUCCAGGGGCCAAUAACGUGUGCCGGCUGCGGGAAGCAGGUGUGCGACCGUUUCUUCCUCUUGGCUGCAGGCAGUGUGUGGCACAGUGUCUGCCUCCGCUGCAGCCAGUGUCAGUGCGAGCUACAGACGCACCCCUCACUCUACUGGAGAGAUGGAAACAUCUACUGCCAACAAGACUACUGCAGGAUGUUUGGAGGUGGUCAGUGUGCUCGCUGCUUUCAGCCAAUCCCAGCCUCCGCUUUAGUCAUGAGAUCUGGUGAUCUGACUUUCCAUCCUCACUGCUUCUCCUGCCAGGAGUGUGAUGUGACAUUAAUACCGGGGAACCUGUACUGCAUGCAGGGCCAGAACCUCUACUGUCAGUCGCAUUACCAUGACGACAGCGGGAGUGUCUCGCUAUCACGUGAUCUCCAGCCCAAAUUGAAUCUAAAAGAAGCUCAAAGUCAGGUCUCAGGUGAAGGGGAGGAGUCUGUUAGCAGUCCUGAGCCACGAUUGGAUGACAAGGUGGCAGGUGGGCGGGCCCGCAGGCGGACCAAGCGAAUUAGAACAAGUUUUCGCAGCGAGCAGCUCAGAGCACUGGAGUCAUAUUUCGCCCAGAAACACAAUCCUGAUGGGAAAGACUGGACCUGCCUCGCACACAAGACUGGCCUGCCAAAGAGAGUCUUGCAGGUGUGGUUUCAAAACGCACGGGCCAAACUGAGACGCUCCCUUACUGCAGAUGACUCUCAGGUCAACUUGCCCUCAGCUCCCCUGAGAGGCGUAACCAUGGCGAUGGGCUCACCGCCCCCAGCCUGCUCCCCACCUGACCAGUCCCAGCUCUUCUCUUCCACCAGCACCAUCGACCAGCAGCAGCUCUCUCUGCUCACUGCCCCGCUCAGCGAGCCUUUGGUGAGCCCUGCCAUUAGCCAGUCGCAACAGCUGCAAAACCCCGACUUCUUCCUUGAAUACGAUUCCCAGAGUGCACCAGGGAAUGUCUCCUCCCUUGAGACGUAUGAGGACUUUGGAGAAGCAGGAGGAGGAGCAGAGGGAGAAGUUGAUCCUGAUAGUUCUUUUAGACCACAUUACUGCUAGUCCAGGUAGUACCUAAUUGAGCGACCUCCACACUGUGAGUAACAACAAGAUUUUCAUAAUAGGACAUAAGCAGGUCAUAAUCCUUAAGAUUUUAGUUAAAUGCUUUUAAAUGUGAAGCAACACUAAACAGGAAACAGCAACAGGAUAUGUCUGUAGGAGAGUAAACAUCGAGGCUGAUACCCAUCAGACCAAAUACAAAUUGCCUGUGACCCCUCGGAGGCGAGAUUAGUUUGGUUCACAUCACAGGGGUCUGAGUUCACUUUAGCCCUUUCUACCAAACACUUUCGGUAUGGUGUCUUUGGAACCAAAAG